AUUCCCUCCAGCCCUCUGGCGAGGAGGGCGUCUUGGCAGGUGUCCAUCAAGGCUGGCAAGGAAACCACGUUGGGAGGAAGGAAGGAAGGAAGGAAGGGGACCGACCCAAGACAGUCCAGGAACUUGCAGCAAUCCGGAAGGCCACGGGGCACCAAUGAGAGGGGAGCAGUUUUGUUGGGGGGCUGGACAGGUCCCCACAGUAAGUCCCAUCCUCUCCGCAGAAGUGACAGAGUUGGCUUCCCAUGGUGGAACCGAGCCAGAUCGCCAAUGCUGAACCUACCGUCUCCUCCUGUCCCGGAGAAGGUGGAGACCUUCAUCCCCAACCACCAAGGGCCUCCGAACCUGCAUCACCUGAGGGGAGAUUAUUUUGGGGAUACAUAUAUAUGUAUAUACUUUUAAGAAGAAUUCUACCUGUAUCCCCAGAAAUGUUAACCAUCAAGUUGCCGCAAAUCUUCAGGAUCCAUCAAGUACCUCGGAUUUUCUGGGAAGAAGGUAUCAUGUCGGGCUACCGACACCCCAAAAGUUCUGCCUUGGAUUGCGUCCUCAGCUCUUUCCAACUGAACAAUGAAACCGUCAAUAUUUGGACUCACUUCCUACCAACUUGGUAUUUCUUAUGGCGGUUUGUGAUCCUCUCCUAUCGCCUGGACUUCUGGAGCGACACCUACAGCUGGCCAUUCCUCGCCUACAUGGCUCUGGUCUGCCUCUAUCCCUUCGCGUCCAGCUGUGCUCACACCUUCAGCACCAUGUCCACCCACGCCCGACACAUCUGCUACUUCUUGGACUACAAUGCCCUCAGCCUCUAUAGUUUGGGCUGUGCAUUCACAUACGGCGCCUACGCAAUGCCGGAUCGUUGGGUCAACAGCCUGGGGCACCACUGCUUUGUCCCCAUGGCUGCCAUCAAUUCUUUUAUCUGCACCAGCCUUUCUUGCUAUUCUCGAUUCUUGGAGCUGGAGUGGCCCCGCUGGAGCAAGACUGCCCGGACGGCCGCCUUCGUCUACCCGUUCUUCUUCGACAACAUCCCGCUCUUCUUCAGGCUUUUGUUCUGUUUUGGCGACGAUUGUACCUGGAACGACUCUGUGGCCAGUUAUUUCUACCACCUUUUCUUUGCCCUGCUUACCGGCUUCCUCUUCGCGUCGCAUUUGCCGGAACGUCUGGCUCCCGGUCGCUUCGAUUUCAUCGGCCACAGCCACCAGCUGUUCCACAUCUGUGCGGUGGUGGGCACCCAUUUCCAGCUGGAAGCCAUCCUGGGCGACAUGAACUCUCGGCGGAUAUGGCUGAGCGCCCACACCCCGCCGGCUAUGUUCACCCGUACUUUCGUCGUUCUGGGUGCCACCUUGCUGGGCAACCUCAUCCUUUUCGCCGCCUUUGCCGUGGCCCUCUUCCGCUUGCCGGCCUCUAUCCGGAUCCUGCAGGGCAGCCUCCCCGAAUCGGAGGGCUCCAAGGAGAAGUAGCCGCCGGGGGAGGCGGGGGGGGCACCGCGGUGACUCUUCUGGAACGGCGGGCCCUGCCAGCUCACCAGGGAUGCCUUCGUACCUCAAGAUCGCCUGGGCGUGGAGGAAAAUGGAACCUGGGGCCGUUCCCCCAAUCCUGAGCACUUUGUCCACACGGUUAGCUGGCUGUCUCUCCGUGCCUGUGUCCUGGGUGCAAGUUCAGGCAGUUCUCCCUGUACAGGUAGCCUCGACUUACAACAGGUUCAUUGAGUGUCCGUUUGAAGUGACAACAGCACUGAAAAAAAGGGACUUAGGCACAGUUGGGAUUCAGCCGGUUCGGUCUGGUUCGGGCGAACCGGUGGUGGCCACUGUGUGAGACUCCGCCCACCCGCCCGGAUGUAAUCCGCGAGCAAAUAGCAUGCGCGGGAGGCCGUGUGCAUGCGCAGAGGAGGCAUGUCCGAAUGAAGCGAGGGCACGCGCUCACAUUUGCGAUCCGGUAGGGAAGUUAAGUGAAUCCUACCUAUGGAUUUAGGGCUGUUUUUCACACUUGCGACCGUCUCAGCUUCCCCACGGUCAAAAUUCAGAUGUUUGGCAACUGACUCAUAUUUAUGACGGUUGCAACGUCCCUGGAUCACGUGAUUCCCCUUUUGCGACCUUCUGACAAGCCAAGUCAAUGGGGGAAGCCGGAUUCACUUAACAACCGUGUGACUAACUUAACACCUGCCAUGAUUCACUUAACAACAGUGGCGAGAAAGGUUGCGGAAUGGGGCAAAACUCGAUUAACCAAUGUCCCACACUUAAGAACAUAAAUGUUGGGCUCUAUCGUGAUCAUAAAUUGAGGACUUACAGUUAGUCCUCGACUUACAGCAGCUCACUUAGUGACCGCUCAAACUUACAACGGCACUGAAAAAAAGUGACUUAUUGACCUUUUUCCCCACAGUUACGACCUCUGCAGCAUCCCCAUGAUCACGCGAUCAAAAUUCAGCCGCUUGGCAACUGCUUCGUACUUAUGACCGUCGCUGCGUCCCAAGGUCACAUGUAUCCCCUUUUGCGACCUUUUGACAAGUCAAGCCAAUGGGGGCCAGAUCCCCUUAACGAUCAUGGCUACUAAAUUAUCAACUGCAGGGAUUCAAAAGGUCAUAGAGUCGUAAGUUGAGGACUAACUGUAUUUCCCUGUGUUGGUGGCGAAUGUCGUGUCCCCCUCCCCCUCCGACGACUGGGUCAAGGAAGUCCGUAUCAAACGUAGCAACGAAGCCUCUGCAGCUUUGCCAAAUUCCUCCGAGGUUUCUCAGGGCAGGGCAGGAGUCCAAGUUUUGACUUCAGCGAUAGAGUCCGAUAUCAGCAAACUAGAUGAGACUUUGCUUGACUCAAGGUUGGAAUGCCAAAAACAGGUCCUUUAUAUAGGCUGUGGGGUGUGGCUCCAUGACUCAGCAUUUAUCCAGGCCUGCCCCUCCCCUCCUUCUGCUGGUGUCGCCUCUCAGAUCUUCAGAAGCGAGGGUCCACCCACACUGAAUUCUCUACAGCUGGAUCUGCUGUCAGUAAUUCCAGCACGUGGCUGCUUCCUGCUCCCACGCUGUAGGAGUGAAGUUUCUCGGACUGGUCUGUUCACUCCUGACAUCCUCUCCGGGCAUGGGGCCAGGGCCGGGAGCUGGAGGCAUGACAGGCCAUUCAUCUUCAUUAUCAGACUCCGAGUCUGAUAACAGGCCCAGGUGGAGAUGGGAGGGGCCCGGCUGAGGAGAGGAGGGAGGACGAGGCACAACAGCAAAUGCCUGCCAAAGCAGAACAGAAGGUGGGCUCCAAUUUUGCUUGGGGCUUUUUGAGUUCAGAUACUGGGGGGUGGGUCUUCAUUCCUUCAGCUCCUGCCCAGUUCAAGAUGUGUAACACCCCCAACGAAAGAGAACUCCGAGGCUUGACGUUCCUCAAAAUUCCAUUUUAUUAGAGAUGCCAUAUUGGUACAUCUGGGGAAACCCCAAAUCCGGAAACUUCCAGGUUUUUCCCAUCUAAAAGGAAGUCCUAAUCCCUUCCCCCUGUACCCACAUGUCCAUCAUACGGUCCAAUCAAAGCACCGUCCCAAAACUGGAGAUGCCUCCCAGUCACGACACUCCAGGCCUUCCAGAAACGGCCUUCUCAAACUUCCAGUAUGCCUGUUUUUCACCCUCCCCAGGCUUCGAAGGCUUUUCUCGAGCCUCCGGGAGGGCCAAAACGGCCUCCCCAGCCUCCGGAGGCCCUCUGGUGGCUGGAAACGGCCUUCUCAAACUUCCAGUAUGCCUGUUCUUCGCCUUCCCCAGGCUUCGGAGGUUUUCCUCGAGCCUCCGGGAGGGCAAAAACGGCCUCCCCAGCCUCCGGAGGCCCUCUGGUGGCCGGAAACGGCCUCCUCAAACUUCCAGUAGGCUUGUUUUUCGCCCUCCCCAGGCUCCAGAGGCUUUCCUCGAGCCUCCAGGAGGGCAAAAAUGGCCUCCCCAGCCUCUGGAGGCCCUCUGAUGGCUGGAAACGGCCUCCUGAAACUUCCAGUAGGCUUGUUUUUCGCCCUCCCCAGGCUCCGGAGGUUUUCCUUGAGCCUCCGGGAGGGCAAAAACGGCCUCCCCUGGGCUCCAGAGGCCGGAAAUGGACCCAUUUCCCGUAGGCCCGUGUUUUGCUGUCCCAGAGCUUCCGUGCGGGCCCUGAACUUACCUGCAUCCAAAAUGGGCUGCGUAGGGACUCCUGGGAGGCACGGGGUGGGCAGGGCCAGCCAGGUGUGGGAUUUGGGGGUUCUCCGAACGGCACGGAACCUUAGCUAGUCUGCAUUUGACGUGUGUCAGGGAAGCCCUCUCAAAGAGACGGUAGCCAAGAGAUUGCUGGAAGCUGCCCCAAAAGAUGGACCAAGGAUGUAGCAAAUACGGCUGGAGGGUCGAGGCAGGUUGUAGAGAGAUCUGGAAGCAAAAGGCUUCUCCUGGUUGGUCAUCCCUCUGAUCUUUGGAUCAAAGAGAGCCACCGUUGUGGCUGGAGCAGAUGAUGGAGUGGAGGUUUGAAGGUGUUCAGGUGGGCCAGUCUAGAGAAAAGGAACAGCAGGGGUGACCAGCAGUCUUCCAGGAUAUGAAGAGCUGCCCCAAAGAGUAGUGGGUCCACUUAUAUAGCGUUACAGGUAGUCCUUGACUUACAAACAUUCGUUUAGAGACCACUUGGCAGUGCAACAGAGGCUGAAUAAUAAGAACGAGGGCCCCGUUCUCACACUUAUGACGGUUGCGGCCUUCCCCAGGAUUAUGGGGUUACCCUCUGGGAACCUUCUCAGCCAGCUUCCGACGAGCAAAGGUCAUGGAUUUGCAUAAUUUAACUGCAGUGAUUCGCUUAACGACUGUGGCCGAAAAGGUCAUGAAAUCCAGCGUGGCUCACUUAACGACCUCCUCGCUUAGAAAUGGAAAUUCUGGCACACACACACACACACGCAUUGCAGUUGUAAAUCGAGGACUAUCUGUACGAGACCUUUCCCCAUUGGCCAAGAAGGCAGCGGUAGGUGUGGCUUGGCCAAUGCGGCCAAUCGGGGUUGGAAAGGAGGGUACGGUGCUUGGCAGUGGGUUCUAUAAUGGAGAGGCUGCCUUUUUCAGGCGUUCUUUCUCUCCAACUCCGUUGCUUGGAGGACCCAGCUCAACAACUUAGGAUAAGCAACUGGGUUGACUAUUCAAACCCGUCACACAGGUGUCUAACCAAGCUUGGUUAUCCCUAUAUAUCUGGGUCUAUCCUGAGGAUUUGUCAAUUGAGUUGAUUGGAUUAUUUGCACAAUAUAUUAACUUUUAAUUAACUCUGUUCUCUGUUCAGCCCCAAUAUAUUUUGAAGCAUUAUAUCCAUUUCUGUCUGGACAGACCGUGCUUGCUGCUAAAAAUAAAUAAAAUGAGUCAAGAAAGGCCCAAAAACAAAUGAAUGAAACCACGCUGAGAAACUAUACCAUGUUUGCUGUCUUAACAAAAUAAAGAUGUAUUUGUUUAUUUUUUUAAAAGAAGGACGAUGCUGGUGGUUUGAGAUGAAACAGACGUGCUCCAAAACUGGAAAGACGGGGGGGGGAAUAAAAUUUGAAAUCCAUUCUUAAUUUUCUUUUCUCUGCUUGUUUGUUUGGAAGGUCCGUAACAAACUAUUAAGUAGAACAUGGUAUGGAACCUCAGAAGUCUUCUAGUCCGAUCCUCUGUUCAAGGCAGGACACCUUAAGUAGAUAUAAAUAUAUAAUUAAGUACCGUAUUUUUCGGAGUACAAGAAGUUCCGGACUGUUUUUUUGGGGGGGAGGAAACAAGAAAAAAAAAAUCUGCCUCCCAGCC